AUGCACAACAUAUCGAGAAACCUGUCAACGUUACAUCAAAUAUGUGUAACAACGGCAAAUCCCAAUCUUGCAAUUUGCACGGAAAUACGCAAUAAGGUAUUAAUAACUUUAGAGGAUUUGUGCGUGAUGAUAUCCGGUAAGAUGUUGCACGAAGUAGGAAUUCCUGCGCCUAAUCGCCCUAUGCACGAUGCACUCAAUCGUGAAUUUGAACGGGAACGGCAAUACGAUAGAAAUGCUUUAAGUCAAUCCGUACAAAAUAAAAUCCCACUUUUAAAUCUGCAACAAAAAACAGCUUACGAUACAAUAAUGAAAUCAGUAAAUGACGGCAAUGGCGAAUUAUUUUUCCUCGAUGCACCAGGUGGAACUGAUAAAACAUUUUUAAUUUCAUUAAUUUUAGAUACGAUUCGGGCACAAAGUCAAAUAGUACUAGCAGUAGCCACAUCUGGUAUAGCUGCUACAUUAUUAGAAGGUGGACGAACUGCACAUUCUGCCCUAAAAUUGCCGUUAAAUUUGCAAACAAUAGAUCAACCGACAUGA